AUGGCAAAGUCGUGGAAGACAGAUAAGCAUAAGCGACUGUGCGAGCUUCUGGACUCCAAACUCCGGUCUCGGAUCCCGGAGAGCGAACACCGGGCUGUUCCAGACGGAGGCUUCGUCGCCUGGGCGCAGGUCCUCGGUGCCCACCUCACCGUCUGCAAUUCCUGGGGCUAUGUCUCGGCCUUUGGCGUCUUCCAGACCUACUACGGCGAGCUUCUCUCCCGACCGGCAUCUGACAUUUCCUGGAUCGGCAGCAUCCAGGUCUUUAUGCUCUUCUUUGUCGGCACAUUUUCCGGCCGCGCCGCGGAUGCAGGCUUCUUCAAACUGACGUGGAGUAUCGGAGCCGUCUUGACGGUGCUCGGCAUCUUUGCGUCUUCCUUUGCCGCGCAGUUCUGGCAGCUGUUCCUCAGCCAGGGCAUCUGCAUGGGUUUGGGUUGUGGGCUUAUGUUCUGCCCUGUGGUUUCUCUGCUGCCGACGUAUUUCAGCCGCCAUCGAUGCGUGGUGAUUGGGGUAGCCGGUGCGGGCUCUGCUGUCGGCGGGCUCUUAUUCCCGGCCAUAGUCAGCCGCCUUUUGCCAAAGAUUGGGUUUCCAUGGACGAUGCGAGUUCUUGGCUUCAUGACUCUGGCUAUGCUGUUGCCAUCGGGGCUGCUCAUGAAGCAAAGAAUUCCGCCGCGCAAGUCCGGCCCGAUUGUGGAUUUGGCGGCUUUUAGAGACCUGUCGUACACGCUUUACAGUGUGGGCAUGUUUCUUACCUUCUGGGGAUUAUAUGUUGCCUUUUUCUAUAUUAGCAACUUUGCAAAAGAAGUGAUCGGUUUUAGUCAAGAGAAUGCCGUCGACUUGUUGUUGAUCAUGAAUGGUGCUGGAGUCUUCACGCGCAUCGGCCCCAAUUUCCUGGCCGAUCGGUACACGGGACCGAUGAAUCUCACGAUACCGUCAGCGCUGCUAUCCGGCAUAAUGAUGCUGAUAUGGAAUUGCGUGUCAGAUAGAAAAGGAUUGUACGUUUUUGUGGUCUUUUAUGGAAUUUUCGCAGCGUCGUUCCAGGCGCUGUGGCCGGCGACGCUAGCCUCCAUCUGCCUGGACAUGAAGACGCUGGGAACCCGUCUUGGGAUGGUCAUGACGAUCAUAAGCUUUGCGUCGCUGACAGGACCACCGAUUGCCGGCGUACUGCUAGAAAAGGGGAAUGGAAGCUACCUCUACGUUCAAUUGUUCGCGGGGCUCACCAUGAUGCUGGGCACUGCGGCAGUCUUGGGAGCUCGUGUUCGCAAGUAUGGACUCGCGCUACAAGUCCGCGCUUAG